AUGGCCCAGCCACGCGAGAACCACUUCAAUCCUUCCUCGCCACGGUCGUCAACCGGAGGGGCGGAUUCCUUCAAGGGCACUCCAGACACUCGACUAACCGCUUUCUCUCCUGAUGAUGGCUCGGCCAAGUCUUCCAAGCUUCUCAAAAACUUCUCACGGUCCGCCUCUGCCACUCCCCCCGUCAGACACCCAGUGAACAGCUACCGUGGAUCCGUCUCACAUCUCGACAAAGACCCUUUUGUCAGUCCUGUUCACGAUACCAGGUUGUCUCCCACUGCCUCCGCCUUUAGUCCAGACGCUCAAGCCGUGAGCUUCUCUCUGCCACACACCGGACAGCCCAUCGCCACACUCCUGAGCACUGAACUCGGUGUUUCUCACCACCUUGAUAUCUCGUCGUCAAUUCCUCUCUCUGUCUCAGAAGUCGAUGCCUGUCUCACUAAUCUUGUUGAGAACGGGGCUAAUCUUCACGACGGCCACGAGCUCGAGGGAGCAAAUGGACAUGUCUAUAUCCAUUUCACCGACAUCAGGGAUGCCUGCUGGGCCUUAUCUACCAUUCGAUUGGCUAAGAAAGCCUGGAGCGUUGGCUACGACGGAUCAGAACCUUCGAACGAACGGCUCACUCAACUUGGUCAGGUUCUCGUUUUGGCAACUCUGCCCCCUGGGCUCGCUGGCAACGCUACCCAGCUGACUGAGAUUGUCCAAAACGUCCUCCAGUCCUGCGGCCAGCUCUUUGCCUUGGUGAGACAAAUCAACUACCCCGAUGGUUCUUUCAGGGCGAUCGCGCAGUAUUGCAGGCCAUCUGAUGCAGUUACGGCCACCAAGACUUGCAAUGGACUGACAGCCGAUGGUAUUCAUCUCACAGUAACACCACCUAGCCCCAAGACUUCGUCUACUUGUGACAUCACCACGGCUCUGCAGGAUAUCUCGUUGGCGAAACCCCCAGGCGACCCGUAUCAGCAGCAAGAUUCUGGAGGCCGUGCUGUCCCCGGUGUCAAUACCCAGCAAUCAUACUCAAUGUACCCCUUCAUGAUUCAAUCUCCAUUGGCCGCCCCCAGCAUGCCAUACAUUCUCGAUCGUCUUCCCCCGUCAGGCCAAAUGGGAACCAUAGGCCCAAUGACUCCGUCAUAUUCAAUGAUGAACUCCGUGUACCAGACACCCCCUUCCCCUGCCCUCACUGUCCACAAUGACUUCAGUCCAUCGAGAUCCACAUCGGGUUACUCUAGGGUUGACGCUCGCCGACAGAAUGCAACUCGAAUCACACGAUCACCCUAUCACAGCGCGGCGAGCCAUCACAAUCACGUCGAUAUAAGCCGAAUUCGAGACGGAAUCGAUGUUCGCACGACGAUCAUGCUCCGCAACAUUCCCAACAAGGUCGACCAAGCAAUGCUCAAGCGCAUCAUUGACGAGUCAAGCUGGGGCAAGUACGACUUCAUGUACCUUCGCAUUGAUUUUGCCAACGACUGCAAUGUCGGGUACGCAUUCAUUAACUUCGUUGACCCUCUCGACAUCAUCGAUUUUGUCAACGCUCGAGGAAACCAAAGAUGGAACUGCUUCAAGAGUGACAAGGUUGCUGAAAUCUCUUACGCCACAAUUCAGGGCAAAGACUGUCUGGUCCAGAAAUUCCGGAACAGUUCCGUCAUGCUAGAAGCACCUCAUUACCGGCCCAAGUUGUUCUUUACGUCGAAUGGGCCCAUGCCAGAACUUGCCGGUCAGGAAGAGUCGUUCCCAGAGCCCGACAAUCAGUCUAAGAUGAAGAGGAGCUGCGAGAAUGCAGAGCACGUUGGUCUCUUUACGCCCAAUGCUGGCCAGCACUUCCGAGAUGAGCAGCGUCGCAGGCGCUCCCAAUACGAUCGUGGAACAAGACUAGCAGCCCUGGAGGAAUAUGACUACGAGACAGCGAUCCAGCAUUUCUACGGCUCGACAGCGCAGUGACAUGGUGCCUUGUUAUGAAGCUAUUUCGACCAUUUGGUCAGCCAUUUCAUCCUCAUAAGUACGGAUGUCGAUGAGGAACUCCCUGGUGUUAAUAGGCCACUGCCUAAUUUGCUAUAUCUGGCUUUGUCAUCUCGAAUAGUCAGAGUGUGCGAUAGCCAUUCAUAGCUAC